AUGACAACGUUAUUCGAAAAAUUGACGGAACUCAUGUUGCUGGAUACCGAGCGAUAUUCACCGCAAAAGAAUGUUCUGCUGAAGCGAAUGGCUGCUAAUAUCAUCAGCUGCUUCCCGUACCCGACGACACGACCGGCCAGCCCGCAGUGCCCGCCGCCGAAACCGCAACUGCCCGAGUCCUGCGAACACCGUGCGUUUUGUGAUGCGUUCGGCAAACUUGUGCAGACUUGGUUUUAG